AUCAAGAUCGGUUGAGUAGUUUUCGAGAAAAUUGGACAACCGACUUUGUAAACACUGUUCCGAGAAAAACGCGUUUAAAGUUUUGUGUAACAAAAGUACUUGACUUGGAGCACACACCUUCCAAAGGCUGUAUCUCCGAAACUAUUUAGGACAAUAUUCUUGAGAUGUUGUAGAAAUUGAUAAGCCAAAAAAAAACAAAAACCCGAUUUUUUGAAUCUACGAAACCCAUGUAACCCCUUAAGUUUUAAAAUAAUACUUCUUUUAAAUUUUACUUUAAGCUUAAAGCGAAGCUUCUCCACUUAAAUACAUUCUUAAACACAUUUAUAUAUAUAUAUAUUUUUUUUGUCAAUUCAGAGUCUCGAGUCUCUUAAGACUUCGAAAAGCAUAAUACUGCUUUUUCAGUGCGAAAGCUGCAUAGAACAACAAAAGACUUAAGCCACAAACUUCAUGCUCAGCACAAAGAAGAUAUGUAUGUACACUUGCUUCUCUGACUCUUUAGUAGACUCUAGAAGAAAUUUGCUACAGAAACCUUCAGUGAUUAUAGUAAUGGGUUCUGCAAAGAAUAAAGAAAUUGUCAUAAAUAAAAGCCAUUUGAUGCGAAUAUGCAUAUUAAUGAGAUUUCUUCAACAUUAAAUGACGGUCUUAUAUUCUCUUGUGGCUCUUAGUGUUUGCGAUUUUAUCACGUGCUCUUUAUACUCAUUUGUUUUUGCAUCUCCUUUGGCGUUCUUUGUGCUAACCUUUCUUUUGUUAGUUAUUAUGGCUUACAUACUACGAGUAAUCUGCGAGUUCUAAUCGCACAGUUUUUUUGUUUUUGCAUUUCUUUUAGCUUUUGUGCAUCGUCACUUUUUUAUGCACUCUUUCGUUAGGCUACUUUGGUAGUAUAUUCUUACAAGCUUUGCAUGUGUACGUGUUGCUAUUUAUUGAACUCGUAGUGUUGGUGAUUUCAUAACUUUAGGUUCUUUUGUCUGCUAUUUCAACUGGUAAAUCUAUGUAUAUACAAGUAUUUUUACUACCAAAGUAGUAACUAAAAUGGUUGGAUAUUUAUCGAAACCUAUAGUUAACAUACUUAUAUAAAGCGUGAUCUAAACGAUCGCGCCGCUCAGUUGAUUGCGACCAUUGACGGCGGUAGCGAUUUUCUAAAGUAUAACAAUUGGAAGACUUUUUCGAAUUUUUCUUCUGUGUACUCUAGUAGAGCUUAAACCAAAAAGCAAUGCAGUGCUUUCAGUGGUGUGUGCUGUUAUUUUUGAUAACAGCACUUCGUUCAUGCGUAAGCCAUCCACUUGGCAUACGCGUCGCUUCGCUGGCCAAACAAUAUGCAGCGCUUGAAGAUAGUGAAUUUGAUGAUUAUGAUGUUGAUGAUAAUGAUGACGAUAGCAAUGAUAGAAUCGAUCACUUGCGGCAUGAUGAGGAUAUUGAUGAUAACGAUAAGAUCUAUGAUGACUAUGAUGAUGUAAAUGAUUUAAACGACAAUGUUGAUCAUGAUGAUAAUGAAGUGGCGUUUAACGAUAAUGAUGUUGAUCGUCACAAUGCAGCGUUUGAGGAAAAUAAUGCUUCAGAUGAUGAUGAUGAUGAUAUAGGUCGCAUAACUGGUUAUCGACCUGAUGUAGCUUUGACAAGUCCCUUCGAGUAUUAUAAUUAGACACAUAUAACAUUAGUAGUGCUUGUACUGAAAUAAUUAAUUUUGUUAUUUAUAUUUUUAAGUUGGUUUUAAUAAGAUUUAAAUUUAAUUAAUGUGUUAAAGUGGUAGCACCUAAGUAUUAAUGCAAUGUACAUACAUA